AACUUGACGUUUUCGAAAACAGCACCUGGAAGAAAAAGAGAAACGAAACUCGCCCUCGAGAUUCUCCUUUCACGGUGCGUGUUGAUAGUGGCUCGGGAGGCAUAAAUAAUCCCAUAUCCGGGAAAAAAAUCUGCCUUUGUGCGUCACAUAGAAAUAAUUUAUAUCCUUUUAAGCGACAUCCAGCCGAUUCUGACAAACCCAAAGAAAGAUGUCCGCAAUAUCGACCACCGAGAAGCCGCAGAUGCAGCAGAUCGACCUGAAUACUCUUAACCUGCAGCAGUUAACACAGCUAAAGAAUCAGCUCGAUCAGGAAUUGACACUAUUCCAAGAGUCCCUGCAGACGUUGAAAAUGGCUCGUCACAAAUACUCUGGCUCAAAGGAAGCUCUCGAACAGUUCAAGCCCGACUGGAACGAAAAACAGAUACUAGUGCCGCUGACGGGGAGUAUGUACGUCCCAGGUACGAUUAAAGAUGCGGAAAAUGUGAUCAUUGAUAUCGGAACUGGAUAUUACGUAGAAAAUGAUUUGGAAAGUGCAAAGGACCUCUUCAAAAGGCGGGUGGACUUUGUCCAGAAACAAAUGGAGAAGAUUGAGGUCCUAGGUAUGGAAAAAUCUAAAAUUCGGGAUGCAAUACGUGAAGUGAUGGAAAUCAAACUACUACAGUUUGAGAAAGAGCUACAGAAACAGCGGGAAGGAACGGAGUGAACUAUAUUGCUACAUGCUCCUUAUGCUUCAUCGAAACCAAACAUCCUUCAACAGUUUCCUUCACUAAGCCCUUAAUCAAAUCGAUCAAACAAAUCCUAUCUUAUGAACUUUCUUUCUAGCAGCUUUGGCAAAUGUUAGCCGAUAGUUCACAUUUUGUUUCCGCCUGAAAAUACACAGCAUUUAUCGAUACAAAUUACAAAA